UAGGGUGCAGUCAUUUGGACUUGCAUUACUGUUCUUGCUCACUAUCCAGAGCCUGCUAUGAGGCUUUUGUCUGUUUUGACUUGUUUCUACACCCCCAGCAGCAGCAAACCCCUUGCAAAGCAAAUACGUAAGAAACAGCGCUUACAGGAAGUAAAACACAUUUCACUUUGGAAGUGUGAGAUAUACAUUCAAGUGACCAAGAUUUACCCACAUGGCUCUAACACUCACUUUUACAACUACUCAGUGGUCAUCUGAAGGGGAGAAUGCCACAGCCUAUGAAGACUACUACCAGAACGUGACAGAUGGAAUGGUCUUCAUUUGUGAAGAAGAUGGCCUAGGCCUGCAGACCUUUGACGCUGUGCUUUACAGUUUCAUCUUUCUGCUGGGAGUGGUUGGGAACACGCUGAUGAUAACAGUCCUCCUGAGACGUCGGCGCCUCCUCCGCAUCACAGAGAUCUACCUGCUGCACCUUGCCUUGGCCGACCUCAUGCUCCUGUUAACAUUUCCUUUCAGUGUGGUUAACAGUGUCUCUGGCUGGCUGUUUGGGGAGUUUCUCUGCAAGCUGAUGGGCCUGAUGAAAAAUCUUAACUUCCUCUGUGGGAGUUUCCUUCUAGCUUGCAUUGGGUUUGAUCGGUAUUUGGCUAUUGUUCAUGCUAUUCCUAGUAUGCGAAGUCGACGUCCGAGAGCAGUGCAUCUUACAUGUAUUUCACUAUGGCUGGUCUGUUUGGGUUUAUCAGUACCCAAUGUUGUGUUUCUUACCGUGAUGCAAGACUCAUCUAGGCUGUCCUGUUACUAUUAUCUCCAUUCUAUCCAUGGGCACAACUGGGUUUUGGCCAGAAGAGUCUUAGAUCAUGUUUGCUUUUUCCUACCUCUGGCUAUCAUGAGCUACUGCUACACAGCAGUGGUAGUUACUUUAUGCAACAGUCAGAAAAGCCAAGCAAAACAAGGAGCCAUUCGACUGGCUUUAGUUGUCACUCUCGUCUUUUGCUUCUGCUGGCUUCCAUAUAAUAUCACCUUAUUGAUAAAAACUAUGGUAGACCUGGACGUUAUCUCAAUUGAAAGCUGUGAAUCAGAAGACCUGCUGAAAGCAGCCCUUGAUGUGACAGAGAGCCUGGGUUUCUCACACUGUUGCCUCAACCCUUUCCUGUAUGCAUUUGUUGGGGUGCAGUUUCGCAAUGAGUUGUAUCAGUUACUUUGUGAACUGGGCUGCAGCCCUGUUUGUCUACGUUUCAUCAGAGCUCAGGGUCACAGUCGACCAUCCAUUUCUGAAGGAGCAACAACCAUCAGCACAACAAUGUAAUACAAUGAACGCUUACUCAAUGUCAGCUGUAACUAAAAUGCUUCUUUUCUACAGUAUUUGUAUUUCACUUGUAAUGACGAAAAAAUGUUGAGAUUUUAUCAGAUGUUCUGACAAUAUAGUACCCAUUGCUACUUUGAUUGCAUUUUAAAGAUGUUUUAUUUACCCAGUCAAGAAAAAAAUGUUAUUGUUGGUUGAAAUCUGUUUUUGCUUGUAUUUUAGCAACUGCUGAGUGAAUUUAAUAAAGAUUCAUAUAUUAUACAACAA